UUUUUAAGAGUUGCUGACGAGACGCUGAGAGGAGUUGCAACCUUUCAAGUAUCUAGAAGAAACUAUUCCAUCUAUUUUGCUGUGUCUAUGUCUCAAGAUGAUGAGCUUUGUCCUCCUGAGGAGCUGAAGCACUGGAGCUUGCCUGGCCCUGAACAUGAGUUCUCCAGAGUACAGUUCUUCCUCUUCCACACAGAAGACCUCGGUUUGGGCCGACCAGCAAACAGCCACUCCACAGCUGGGAGUUAGCCUUCCGUCUCCCACACACUGCUUUGGGGAUGGGGAAAGAACCAGCUCUGCUAACCCAGCUGAAACACCCAUUUCAACCAACCCUGCAACCCCAUCUGAAACACUAGUUUCAACCAACCCUUCUAGCCCAUCUCAAACACCUGUUUCACCCCAAAAAAAGAGGACAGCAGAGAAAGGAACCUUUGAUGCAUCACAGCCACAGGGUGAACGUCGCAAGAGGGGGAGGCCACGCAAACACAAGACACUCCAGACUGACACAGAACACCAUAUCCAUCAGGCCCAGUCUCUGACAGCUACACAUCCAUGUUUACAGCCAGAGGACCAAACAGAGGCUGUGACACUGACACCCGUCUUACCUGUGAUACCAGAGGACAGGUGUCAGUCACCUGAUGCCCAAACAAAGGUUGAGACACAGCUCCAGUCACCCAGCUCACCUGUGCCUGAGGAUAAGUGCCAGUCACCUGAGGCCACCUUUGAACCACCGUGCCCCACCUUGGAUUUACAGAGCGCCAAUAAGGGACAGAGUAAGAAAUGGCCCCAUCUCUCCAGUGCUUCUGUUGGACAAGGAGACCUAACAGGCCAUAAUGUUCUAACCACUGGUGGAUACACAAACUCACAGGCCAGGGGGAUGGGGGCUGAACCCAGCCAGAAUGACAGUAUCACUGCCACUGGGAUAUUUUUAAGCAAAUGUGCCAAAGAGCAAAGGACUCUGUGCCAGUCACCACAGAAUCUGAAAGAUGGGAGAAAGGCGGCUAAAAAAUCACWAACUCAUAAGGUCGACCAGCCACAGGAGAGUGAGGCUGUGACAAAUGGGGRAAAAACAUCUAAACCCUUACCGACUAUUAAGGUAGGACAGGAGAAUUGCCUGACACAAAAGACUGGGCGAAAAAGGAAAUAUACCAAAAAAUCACAGAGCCAUAAGGUAGACCAGCCAAGUGACACUGACCAGUCACAGGAGAGUGAGACAGUGAGAAAUGGGAAAAAGACAUCUAUAAAAUCACCAACCCAUAAGAUAGACUGGUCACAGGAGACGGUGAGAAAGAGGACAUAUACAAAAAAAUCUCAGACCCCAAAGGUUGACCAGUCACAGGAGGAGUCUGUAAAGAAAGAGGGCUCUAAAAUAUCUCCAACCCAUAAGGGAACAGUCACAAAGAUGGUAUAUAAAGAGGAAUAUACAAAAAAUCUCAGACCCCAAGUUGACCAGUCACAGAGGAGUCGUAAAGAAAGAGGCUCUAAAAAUACUCCAACCAUAAGGGAGAGCAGUCACAAGAGAUGGUAA